AUGAGUGCUCUGGGAGCUCUGCCGUGCCGCCCGGCGCUGCCCGCGCGGCGAGCGGCCCAGGGCCACCGCACGACGCGGACGAGCCUGCGGGUUUUCGCGCAGCGCACAGACGCCGUCGAGGACGGCGUCGAGGCGAACGGGCGUCGCGUCUCGGCUGUUGGCAACGGAGCUCAGGCGACGACGAACACAGCGGCAACGCGGUCAGAGCGUGACCUGCUGCCCGAGUGGGCUGUGCGCCAAGUCACGGAUCCAACGUACUGGCGGUCGGCUGCCAUCGGGACGCUCGAGCUGGUGGUGGGCGUCGUGACGUGGAAGGGCAUCUGGGACGCGCUGGACAAGCUGUACAGCGGGGCCACUGUCUGGGAGGACAUUGCAGUCGGUGCUGCGGGCGCUGCGUGCCUUAUUUCGCUCGGCCUCGCCAACACGCUGCAGAUCGCCAUCGGCUCCCAGAUAUCCAAGCUCGAAGAGCCCAGCGUCGCGGAGAACGCCGCCGACGAUGACGAAUCGACCAAACACGCCGCCGACCCUCUCGGGGAGUCGGCUGGAACGAACUACGACGGCCUGGGGGGACUAAAGAUGGCGUCAGACGCCAUGGGGCGGCGCAUGGUGCUCGCGGCGCUGGAGGAGGAGCCGGAGCUCGAGGCGCGCAUCGAGGACGGGAACGGCGCGUCGCUGAGCGGCGUGGACUGGCAGGGGUCCUCGGGCGAGGCGGCGGCGGCGCCUGGAAACAACGGGGCGUCGCCGCCGCCCGAGUUCAUCAACAUGGCGCCGGGCGCGCCGCGGACGUCGAACCCGCUGAUGAUGUACCAGCGCUUCAGAGACGUCGUGGACAAGACCUACGGCGACUCUGAGAGUGGGAAGCGGGCCUCGAACCAGCCAGCGCCGUCGUUCCGCGAGUACCUCGAGCUCAACCGCCUCUUCUGGAUCCCGUUCCGCGCCUUCCAGGACCUCGCGUCCAUGAGCGACGGCGAGUCGGACUCGGAGUCGGACUCGGACACUGAGUCCCCCGCCAACGAGCGCGGGGAGCGCCUGGUGCGGUACCAGUUCGACCGCAUCUCGAACCUCGAGCAGAACAUCCGCGCGCGGGGCAUGUACCAGCUGCUCUCGACGCGCCGGUCCGUGCGGAAGUUCUCUCGGGACGAGGUGCAGCUGGAGGUCAUUUACAACUGCAUUCGCGCGGCGGGGACGGCGCCGAGCGCGAUGCACGGGCAGCCGUGGACGUUCGUGGUCGUCGCGGACGCGGCCGUGAAGAGCCGCCUGCGCGCGGCGCUGGAGAGCUCCGUCCAGGACGGGGGGGGGGAGUGUGGGAAGUGCGUCGCUGUGGCGUCGGGCGCGGGGGGCGUCGCGCCGGACGGGAACGCCGAGGGGCUGGGCGCCGAUGAGUUCAUGCCGUACAUCGAGGAGGCGCCGUACGUCAUCGUGGUGAUGGAGAGCGGGCCCGCGGACGCGUGCGAGGGCGUCCGGCGGUCGGUCGGCGUCGCCAUCGGCGUCCUGGCCGUCGCGCUGCACAACGCAAACCUCGGGUUCCUGACCGUGAGCCCCGACGGCGUAGAGGACGCCGUGCGCGCUGCGCUGGACCGGCCGGUCACGGAGCGGCCGUACAUGGUGAUUCCCGUGGGGUACCCUGCGGAGGACUGCAUGGUGCCGUACCGGAAAGGUGCGCAGUUGCGGAGGCCGUUGCCGGAGCUCAUGAAGCUGCUCUGA